ACUUCUGGGCCCAACACUCCUCUGCUCACCUCUACCCCCUUCCACCUCACCACUGGUCAACGAAUGUGUCAGCCGCCGCUCUCAACGGAGCUCCACUCCUCCCCCAUAGCAGCCACGGGUCGGUCCGCUCCGAUCCCACCUCAACCUCAUGGAGAAAGCUGCGCACGUUGCCGCCGGCGCGACGCAGGACUGGUGUCCGCACAGGCUUGACACAGUGAGGCAUAACGACUCAGCUGAAUUGAUUCCCGAAAGACUCGCGGUGGUCACAGGAGGAAACAAAGGAGUUGGCCUCGAAGUAUGCCGCCAGCUUGCUCACAAGGGUGUGACAGUUAUCCUUACAGCAAGGGAUGAGAAACGAGGAAAAUAUGCUGCUGAGACCCUUCGCCGUGAAUCCGAACUCCCAAACAUAAUCUUCCAUCAGCUUGAUGUCAGAGAUGAUGAUAGUGUCACCACAUUGGCCCGGUAUGUCGAAAGAAGAUAUGGGAAGCUCGACAUCUUGGUGAACAAUGCAGCUAUUUCAGGAAUUGUAGCAGAUGAGGAAGGCCUGAAAGCUCUCAACAUUGAUGCAGAGACAUGGACAUCUGGCAGGGCGGCUAAUCAUCUCAAAGAAGUAUUCCAGAAUACCAGUGAUGAGGCAUUUAACUGUCUCAAUACCAAUUACUAUGGAUGCAAACGGGUAACAGAGGCUCUUCUUCCACUUCUGAAGCUAUCUACGUCAGGCGCAAGGAUUGUCAAUGCCUCCUCACUUGCGUCGGAGCUGAAGAGAAUGCCAAAUGAGAAGCUGCGAAACGAUUUGAGCAACAUCGACAUCUGGGAUGAGGACCGGAUAGAAGCAGUGCUGAACACAUUCCUGGAGGACCUGAAGAGCGGGCGACUUGAAGAGGCUGGGUGGCCCAUGAUGCUACCAGCCUACAGUGUAUCGAAAAUGGUCAUCAAUCUCUACACCAGGAUCAUGGCAAGGAGGUAUCUGGAGAUGCGCAUCAACUGUGUGCGACCUGGCUUUGUCAAGACGGACAUCAACUGGAAUCUGGGGGUCCUGACGCCUGAACAAGGUGCAAGAGGGCCCGUCAUGCUAGCUCUGCUCCCUGAUGAUGGACCAACUGGGUGCUAUUUUGAUCAGACAGAAAUGGUGAACGUGUGGUGAUCAAACGGUUGAGUGGUCCCAUUGUUUCCCAGUUUGUAUGACAUUAUUUCCCAGAUUAUGUGAGAAGAGGCAUAUUCAGAUCAGUUUAGGACAUCAUGAUCAGAUAACCAGACGCUCGGUAAAAUCUUCUCAUGGUUCAGGGUAUGCUAAUGAUUUGCUGGAGCAAUUAGUGUUGUUUGGUUUCCAUAUAUCGAUGCUGCAGUCGGAGUAACCUUUUUUUCAGGGGGUGGGGGUGGGUGUUUAUUUGGAUUUAAACACCAAUAAAGAGGCGCCAUGUCCUGUUCGUUUGGCUACAAAGUUAUAGCUGAAAGUACUGAUGACAGAAUCGGCAGAUAAGUUCAAACGAACAAGCCAAGAUGGUUGAUACUUAUUUGUUGUGAGAGAAAAACACUGUAUCAGGCUUGAUAAACCGUGCCGAUAUAUUCUUAUGUUGGGAUUGGCUAAGCAUUUCCUAGGUAGAUGCUGCACCCGAUUGUAUUUCACUGUUUUGUCGUUGCUAUUUAGCCUAAUUAAUCUAUUAUUAGCAUAUGUUUACUA